AUGGCCAUUCCCCUGAAGACAGUUAUCAUAGGUGCCGGCCCAGUCGGCUCCUUAGCCGCUCUUUAUGCCGCUCAACGCGGCCAUGAGGUAGAAUUGUAUGAACUUCGUUCAGACUUGCGUAAUCCAGGCAUAAUUCCUCUCAACUUUACCAAGUCCAUUAACCUUGCUUUAUCGGAGCGCGGUAUUAAUGCCAUGAGACAUUCUGGUCAUGAUAGCCUGUUGGAGACUGUUAUGGCUGCCACCAUACCAAUGCGAGGGCGUAUGAUUCACGGCAAGGAUCCGAGUGGAAAGUUAUACGGACAUGCUCAGGAUUAUGAUGCUGAAGGCCGAACCAUCUUCGCAAUUGACAGAUCUGGCUUAAAUGAGCGACUCCUCAAUGUCUUGGAGUCGAUGUCAAAUGUCAAAAUAUUUUUCAAUCACAAAUUGACUGGAGCGGAUUUCCGCUUACGACGUGCAUGGUUCGAAGUCCGAGAUACAAUUUUCUCGCCCAGCAGCCGGCCCAGAGAGAUUGAGAUCAGGUUUGAUCUAAUGAUUGGCGCCGAUGGAGCUCAUUCAGCAGUUCGUUAUCACCUGAUGAAAUUCACGAGAAUGGACUAUCAACAAGAGUAUAUUGAUACUCUUUGGUGCGAAUUUCGCAUAGAGCCGAAGGCAGAAAAGUGUGAAGAAAAUAAUUCAUCCAAACACCGGAUUUCGCCAAAUCAUUUGCAUAUUUGGCCGGGUAGGGACUUUAUGUUUAUUGCCAUCCCCAGCAAUGACGGGUCAUUCACAAGCACUCUUUUCCUUCCUAGUAAGCAGAUGGCUGACUUAGAGGCCGAUGCGACGAAAUUACCAUCCUUCUUUGACCACCAUUUCCCGGGGGUUACCGACCUCAUUACCCAAGAUAGCCUUAUAGCGGCCUUCCAACAAAAUCCCCAUUUGCCGUUGAUCAGUUUAAAAUGCCGUCCUUACCACUACGGCUCCUCUGUUGUCAUUAUUGGUGAUGCGGCUCACGCCAUGGUUCCCUUCUACGGUCAAGGUAUGAACGCGGGAAUGGAAGAUGUACACAUUCUCUUUUCCAUACUCGACACAUAUCUUGAGGCAAGCGAGGACAAUGAUAAGAUAAGUUCUUCUGCUUCAAAUAGAGCGCAGGCCCUUGCAGAGUACUCCGCUAUUCGAACAAUCGAUGCACAUGCGAUAAACGACUUAGCCCUUCAAAACUAUGUGGAAAUGAGGUCCUCGGUGCUUUCCAAGAGAUACCGGUUACGGAAGACUCUGGAAGAAUUUAUGAGCGUCUACUUCCCUAGUUUCGGAUGGCAUACAAAGUAUUAUCGGGUCAGUUUCAGCAAUGAGGGAUAUAAUGAUAUCGUAAGUAAGAGCGAACGCCAAGGGAAGAUUCUUUUACGCGUAUUCAUGGUCUGCGUCAGUAGCCCGGCUGCACUUGCCUUCAUAGUCCUUGCUUGCCGACAUCGUGAAGGCGUAUUGUCUGCAAUUGCAAGGUUCUUCGGUUUGGAGUGA